ACCGGAAGUGGUUACCGAUAAACAAAUGUUGAAGAACUUCAAAACUAGAAUUGAAAGAUGAUUUCAGUUUCUACCAUAGUCCUUAGCUCAUGGUCAUAGAUUGAGAUUUUCUUUGUCAGGAAUGUGAUAAUAAUUUAUUAUAAGGAAAUGGCGGCUAAGAAAUAUGAUUUGGCUCUUGUUGAAACAAAGACGGAUAAACCUGUGAAACUUCAGCAAUGGUACAAAGAACGUCUAGAAACAAAAUACCUGAAGAAUUUAAAACCAGGUGAAUUGUACAAGAACUCUAGUACACAAAACUGGAUUUUUCUAAAAGAUGGUCUGGAUGAUUUCAGAGAUGGUUUACCUCCCCCUGUACAAGGAAGUGAUUUUAUAAAGCCAGGCAAAGGUUCUGUCCCAAUUUUAAAUAGUGAUUAUCUGAAGUCCAAUACUGUCAAGCAACCAGCAGCUAAAAAACGACUCAGCAAAUAUCAGACCUACAUGUCAAGAAUCACUCCUCAGCAAUAUCAGCGAAGAGAAUAUAUAAAUCAAGUAGAAAAAGGAUUGCUGAAACAUCCGCUUGCUCUAUAUCCACAUUUAGAGGAUAGUCUUGCUCCUGAUCGCAGACAAUUGCUUAAGUCUAAAUUGGUUGCAAUCAAUGUGCACUUGGGAAAUCCAGACAUAACUCAGAAAUUGUUUGAGGAUAUUGUAGAUCUCUUGGAUCCGCAAUUUAACAUUAAUGAGAUUGUGGAAGAUGACAUAGAGUUUUAUGGAAAAGAUGAGUUUGAUGAAGGAAGCAUUACUGAACAAGACCCUGCAGUACAACGUCAGAAGCAAGAUGAUGCAUUGCUUAAGGAAGUAGAAUUGACUGGUACAAAAAACUUGUAUAGAUGGGUACCUCGAAAAGAAAAUAAAAAAGAUGGUAAAAAGAAUAAAGAAAAAGAGAUUCCAUGGAACAGCACUUUGUCAGAAGAAGAACAUAUGAAACAAGUUACUCAGGAGUUUUGUGAAUGGAUAGCAGACCUCGGAGGGGAGACAAACAAUAUUGAGGAGUCAACAAUAACUAGUCUGUUUGCCAGUGGUUAUGAAACAAAGCCAGCCCUGUCUGUUCCUAUUCAUGUUGUUGAGCUUACCAGUGUGCCUCAAGAGCUCCGUCUGACAGCUGUUGUCCCACCACCUGCCCCCACCUCUAAUGGCAGUGUAGAUGUCAAAGAGGAGAAGAAAAAGAGAAUUACAGGUGAUUAUGAACCUAGCUGGGUUAAAUUCAAAUAUGGUGCUUGGUAUUUGCAUCCAAAAACAUGGAAGAAAAUGGGUUUCGAUGAGCCCCUUGAAGAUCCGAAACAACUUAAAGAAUAUGAACUCUCUGAAGCUAAGAAGAAGAGCAAUGAGCUGAAUAAUGAACUGGCAACGAUGCAUGCAUCAAAAGCAUUUGCAGAUUUUAUUGAAAGAAAAAGUACUAGAAAACCAGAGUUUUUGUUAGAAGUUGCAGAGAUUCAGAAGAGAGCUGAGGAAGAGGAACUAAAGAGGAUUGAAGCAGAACAACUGAGUAAACAGAAGAAAAAUAAUCUAUUAACAAAACAAGUUUCAGAUGUUGUGUAUUAGCUAUUGAACUCCUCAGCUAUCUAUCUCACAUGGCGUUAAGGGCAGUACAUAACCACUCUGAGUUCUAUCACAAGCCUAAAACAUCUCAACACACAGUAGCAUUUUGCUCACCAACGUCUCACAGGGUUUUUGUGAAAUUUCACUUGAAAUCAGCAGACUUGUGUGCCUGUCACAUUCAUUUUGAUUUCAGUUCUUCUCAACUGCUUUAUGUGUGCAACUGAAAUAAAGAGAUCUUUUAUUUUUAUUUGGUUGAUGCUGAAUUGUUUUGAAGAAUGAGUGUAUGUUUGAAUGAAUGAUUUAUUACACUGUACAUUUGAAGGGAUAAUAAUUUUGGCAGUAUUAUUUUUAUAGUCAGAAUAAGAUACAAAUGUAUUAUAAUGAUAUUAAACAAUAGUAACCCAAUCGCAAAUAUUUUUGUUCAAUAAUUUGUAACUUGUAAACAAACUCAAAAAUAUGAAGAAAAAUUUAAGAAUCAGCUUACUAUAUUAAUACAUAUCUUAAGUUAGACUUAAAAAAAAAAUCAUUGUAAUAGAUAUCUUUAGACUAAUUGAUUUAAAAAAAAAAGUUUUUGACUGACUUAUUAAUUAAUUAACUUUUUGAUAAUAUUUAAUUUAAAUUUUCAUCAUUUCUGAUACUUGGAUUCACUUAUUCACAACUGUAUUACUUGUUGCUUUUUAAUAAAGAAAUGUAUACUAUGUA